AUGCCACCACUACGUGACGCUGAUACGAUUCGUAUCCUGAUUGCUACCGAUAGCCAUGUUGGGUACUGCGAACGAGAUCCCAUCCGCAAAGACGAUAGCUCCAGAAGCUUCAAUGAAGUUAUGGAAUUGGCAAAGUCGGAAGAUGUCGAUAUGGUCCUGCUAGCCGGUGAUCUCUUUCAUGACAACAAGCCUUCUCGAAAGUCAAUGUAUCAGGUCAUGCGAUCAUUGCGGAAGAACUGCCUAGGAGACAAGCCUUGUGAGCUUGAGUUUCUCAGCGAUGCCAGCACUGUCUUCGAAGGGGCAUUCAACAAUGUCAACUACGAAGAUCCUGAUAUCAAUGUCGCUAUUCCGGUCUUCUCUAUCCAUGGAAAUCAUGAUGACCCUACGGGCGACGGACACUACUGCUCCUUAGAUCUUCUCCAAGCCUCCGGAUUCGUUAACUAUUUUGGUCGAAUUCCCGAAACUGAUAAGAUUGAGGUGAAGCCAGUUCUUCUGCAGAAGGGCAACACCAAGCUAGCCUUAUUUGGUAUAAGCAGCGUCAGAGACGAGAGACUAUUCCGAACAUUCAGGGAUGGGAAUGUCAAAUUCUUCAGACCAAGGAUGCAGCAGGAUGACUGGUUCAACCUGAUGGCUGUUCAUCAAAACCACACCGCGCACAACGAGACCGGGUAUCUUCCAGAAAAUGUACUUCCCGAUUAUAUGGAUCUUGUCAUCUGGGGCCAUGAGCAUGAGUGCCUCAUUGACCCACGGCUUAAUCCAGAGACGAUGUUUCAUGUAAUGCAACCUGGAUCUUCCGUGGCAACUUCCCUUAUUCCUGCCGAAGCUGUCACUAAGCACGUCGCUGUUGUCGAGGUUAACGGUAAGAAUUUUGUGAUGAAGAAGCACAGACUCAAGACGGUUAGACCCUUCAUUUACCGCGAGAUAGUCCUGGCAAACGAGGCUCGCUUCAAAAAGCUUGCCAAGGAAAAAGACAAUAGAACUGCAUUGACGGCGGAGCUGAUGAAAGUUGUUAACAAACUAAUCGAGGAAGCCAAAGCAGAAUGGCUUGAGUCACAGGGAGAUGAGGCGGAUGAAAUCAACGAAGAAGAUAUUCCACGACCCCUGAUCAGAUUGAAGGUUGAAGCUACGGCCCCAGAGGGUGGCAAAUUCGACACCGAAAACCCACAACGAUUCUCCAACAGAUUUAGUGACCGAGUAGCGAAUGUCAAUGAUGUGAUCACGUUCUACAAGAAAAAGGUUGCAACCAGGAGGAAUAAGAACGAUACAGAUAUGCCCGAGGAAUCGGUUCUAGCAGCCAUGGCAGGGAUCGACAACAUGAAAGUCGAAAAGUUUGUUCGAGAAUACUUAGCCGCUCAGUCGCUGAAGGUUCUCCCUCAAGCACUUUUUGGAGACGCCAUCAAGCAAUUUGUUGACAAACAAGACCACCACGCAAUGGAGUACUUCGUAAGAGACAGUCUCGCAGGACAGAUGCAGGAGUUGAUGUCGCGAGGAGCAGAUGAAGAAGGAGAUAUGGAUGGAAUUAUGGAAGAACACCGUGCCAAGAUGGAUGACGCUUUCAAAGCUGCAGGUGGAGUUUCGACGAAGCCAAAGAAGGCUCGAGGGAAGCUUCUUCCCCGCCGACGUUCCUGGGAUUCAGAUGUAGAUGGCGAAUGGGGAGAUAAUGCCAGUGCUUAUGGCUCACCCGACGACGAUGAAGUCCGCGCAAAGCCUGCUUCUAGACGUGGAAAGGCUGCCUUAAAAGGAAGUGACGAUGAUGCUUCGGUCGUCUCAGCACCUGCGACGAAGACACGAAAGGCCCCCGCGAAGAAGGCGCCUGCCAAAUCUCGCGCUCCCGCCAAGGCACCCGCUAAACCCACAGGAAGAGGGAAGAAGAAGGUUGCAGAGCCUAGCGAUGAUGAAGAUGAUGAUCUUGUCAUGAUGGAUGCUCCCCCACCUCCAAAGUCGAUGCCGAAGCGCGCCGCGGCAACAAAGGGACGACAGAGCACACUUAAUUUCUCACAAUCGCAAGCAAAACCCUCCACGGCACGAGAAUUAAGCGAUGAUGAAAUAUCUGAUGAGGACGAUGCAUUUGAGCCGGCGGUGAGCUCGUCGAGAAGAAGAUGA